AUGUCGUCCAUCGCUGAAAUCGAAGUGGAAAAGAAGGCCUACCAAGAACAAUUCGAGAUCGUUCUUGGCCAGCUCCGCGACGACCCCGACAAUGUCGAACUCAAAGCAUUAAAGGACGAGUUAAACAGUUUCAUCGAUCUUCUCAGUGAACAGAUUGCUGAGCUCAAGCCUGCCCAGGCGUCCAAGCCCGCCCCCAAGCAGCCAUCACCACCCCCCGAGCCCGAGAAGUGGUCGCGCGAGAACCACCCCGCCUUUAAGAAAGCAGCUCCGGCCGAGGAAAAGGAACAGGCUGCCCCCGCAAACUACCAGGUCAACGACACUGUCCUAGCCAAGUGGGUUUCUGGCGACAAGGGAUUCUACCAAGCGCGCAUCACCUCCAUCACUGGUUCCUCGACAAAUCCCAUCUAUGUCGUCAAGUUCAAGACCUAUGAUAACACAGAGACUCUCCAAGCUCGCGAUAUUCGACCCAUUUCCAACAAGCGCAAGGCAGACGGGACACCGACGACUUCAGCGCCCGCGACACCAUCUGCUCCUGGGCUGGUCACUUCUGCAGGCGCGACGGUAUACCCCGACGCCAAGAAGGAGGCUGACAAGGACGGCGAUGUGAAGCCUCCCAAGCCAAAGAAGAUCAAGGCCAAGAAGGAACUUGAGAAGAACAAGAAUAAGUGGCAAGAGUUCAGCGCAAAGUCCAAAGGUGGCAAGAGCACAAAGAAGGACAGCAUGUUCCGCACUCCCGACGGUGUUCAUGGUAGAGUUGGCUUCACGGGCUCUGGCCAAGCAAUGCGCAAAGACCCCACACGAAGCCGUCAUAUCUAUCAAGUGAACGAUGAGCUAGACUAA